GACCCAUUACAUACUGAGAGUAGUACGUACGUACUCACUUGAUUUGUUUCCAACAAUACGUACAAAGAACAUUAAAAAUAAGGUCUGGUUCGACUUCCGAUGUUUUCGGGAAUGGCCCAAUACCAGCAUCGUCAGUGCAACCUUGCAUUGCAACAAGAUGCCACAGGCGCCGACCCAACGUGACCAGAGAAGCCACCAACCAACGGAAGUGGGCACAAAAUGAAGCUUCCCGUGACCCAUCGCGGCAUGAUCCAAACCGCCCUAGGUGCCGUCUUCUAUCUGAUCAGCGACGGGAGGAGCACCACCGACACCGCUGCCAACGAACACCGAAGGCCACCGGUUUUGUGUUUCCACAUGUCCCCCCGGUCGUCCGACGAGUUUUCCGAGGUGCUCCCGCUCCUGGCGUCGGGGGGAGCCGGGGCCGGCAGCAGCAACGAGGGGGGACGCGCGGUCAUUGCCUUUGACAUUCCCGGUUACGGAGCGAGCGAGAACCCGCCCAGGUCCUGCACCAUCGACGAGCUGUCCGAUGCCUGCCUGCAAGCCGCCGAUUCCAUACUGGAAAGGGGUGCCGCUCUCGCGACGAGCGCCAGCGAUGACGCCACCACCACAGACCAAAACCAACACCAGCGGGGGCACGACUACGUCGCCAUCGGAUCGCUCCUCGGCAACUAUUUCUGCCUCUCUCUUGCCGCGCGGCACCCCGGAGCGAUCCGGGCGGGGAUCCUGGCAAACCCGUGGUUCAAUCCCGGAGCCAGAGGAAUGACCGCUUCUGGAGGCAACGGAUCCAUCCCGGAUUCCUUUGUGCUGGAGGACGAUGGAUCGCACCUGGCGGGACUCCACGCGAAGCGGAGCACCUGGCUGGACAACGAGCUCAACCUGCGGGUAGUCCGCUCCGAGAUCGAGUACCUCUCAAACCGGCGGGUCCGCUACGCCAAAGGGAUCAGCAUCGAGGGCGGCAACGACUAUAACUUUGUGGCCGCGGUGGAACGGAUCCACCGCAACAAGGAAAGCGGCGACGACGAAAAAGGCCGACCGUGUCGGUUUCUCUGCCUCAAGGGAGCCGCCUGUGCCACCCUGUUUGAUGCCUUUGGCCUCGACGGGACGGAGCGCUUCGAGCAGGCUUGCAGGAUGUUUGGAAGCAACGGCGGUCUCGAGGUCGUGACACUCGGGGGGGAAAGGUCGACCCUCAACCUCGUCAACCAAAUGCCGGAGGAGUUUGCGGCUGCCUGCAACGAAUUCUUGUCCGGGCACGGACUGUGAUAGUGACAACACGAUCAGUAAACACUCACUUAAAAA